AUGGCACCUUACGAUAGUGACUCUUCAGACGAUGGCGACGACUACUCGACCACCAACGUCACCCUCGGGUAUGCCACCGUCGAAUCCACCGGCGACGACAUCAGCCACUUGGGCGGCCAUCCCACCUGGCUAGACCCAAGUCACCCUCCGCCCGCGGCGCUGGCCAAGUGCAAGGUGUGCAGCAGCUACAUGUCCCUUCUCCUCCAGCUCAAUGCGGAUCUCCAACAGUACUUCCCGAGCGACGAACGGCGCCUCCAUGUCCUCUGCUGCAGGAAGAAACAGUGCUCCAAAAAAGUCGGCAGCCUCAGGGCAUUUCGCGAAGUCAAGAAACCUGCAGUGCAAGGGAAGAGUAUGCAAAAACAAAAGGUGACAGAGUCACGGACAGCGAUGCCUGUGCAGCAGGACCUUGGAAGUGCUCUGUUUGGCGGGUCAAGCCAGCAGCAGACUGCGGUCAACAGUGCAAAUCCGUUUUCGAUGCCGGGCGUCACCGACAACGGACAGUCCACAGCGAAUCCAUUCUCAUCCAUAGGCUCGCCUUCGCAGUUGGCAGCGCUGCCUCCACAGAGACCGGUAGAGGAAGCCCAACCCCAACCUCCCACCGAGUCUUUCGCGGAUAAACUACGAAUUGGCACCCAACCAGACGAUAAAGACACCAAGACGGCCACCACCAAAGAUCAAAUACCGUGGCCGGACGCCUCCCUGUUCCCAACCCCUUACCCUUCCUUCUACCUCGACGCAUACCCGGAGGAACUGCAAAAAGAACCUGACACCUCUCCCGCAAAAACAGAGUCCUCGAGAACGCAAUAUGACGUUGACGAUGCAGGAGGAGGCGCAAGCACCGAUGCGGACAAGGACACAUUCGAGUCCAGCCUGGACAAGACGUUCCAAAAAUUCUCGGACCGCAUUGCGCAGAACCCGGAACAGGUCCUUCGGUACGAGUUCAAGGGCGAACCACUCCUGUACUCCGGCACCGACGAGGUGGCCUCACGUUUCGUGGUGCCGCACGGCAGGACGGGGCCCGCGAGGGGAAUACCCAGGUGCGAAAGCUGUGGUGCCCAACGGGUCUUUGAGCUGCAGCUUGUUCCGGGGUUGAUCUACGAGUUGGAAAAGGACGACGAGAAUGCAAUGAGUCUGGAAGACGGGAUGGACUGGGGCACCAUCAUCGUGGGCACGUGUGUGAAUAACUGCGGUGAUGCGGGGUCAGUCUCUUUCAGGGAAGAGUGGGUUGGGGUGCAGUGGGAGGAGAGGGUUGUCAGGAAAUAA